CGGUCGCCAAUGAGCUCCAGGACUCGACUGUUUCCUCACUUCCUCUCGCACUCCAGGGCUUGGCUCGGAACUCCGCCGCUAUUGGGUGGCCAUCUUGGAUCUGGCUGUAACGCAAAGCGACAGACAGUUAUGGGUGGAAUGGGAGCGACCGUAAGCUCCAUUUCUCGGGGGCAUUACCGCAUCUGACCUUUCUGGCUCGAUCGCCCAGAGACUAAGAUUAAGCGGAAUAAUGAAAAUCAACCAUUGGGGUUAAACUCCGAUGUCAUCUGGCUCGAUUCGGGAUUUCUCUCCGCUUCGUCCUCCACUGACUGCGGCGGAGUUCUCGAGGCCCUGUUGGGCAGAACAGGCGUCACGGUAUUUUUCCUUCUCAGCACCGGACAUCCGAUACUCAUAGUAAACGGAAACAACAGGCCAAAGCGGCCCUUUUCUUAUCCAUGUUUUAGUUUUCAGUAUUAGUUAUCGGAAUGUAUUUGUUUUUUUAGUCGCAGAUGACCAGUUUGGGAUGACAUUCUGUUAAAAUCGUCGUGACCGUGGCUAGAUCAGUGUCGGUGUCUGAAAUCCAAGUUAAAAGUUUUCAGCAAGUCUGAUUCAGUUGUCUGAUUAUAUUUGACGAGAAUCCAUGAUAUUAGGACGGAGCUAUCUGCCAGCUCGCAUUUCAGCAUCAUAUUCACGAGAUUGGUGCAGUCCAAAUACGGUAGCCUAGUCUGAGCGGACCGAAUCUAACAAAAUGUCAACAAGAACACCACUACCCACCGUCAACGAACGGAAGACGGAGAACCACACAUCUAACGGGCAUGGCCGCGUGGAGGUGGCGUCGCGGUCGGCCCGGUCCAGCGGCCGCUCUCGGUCGUCAGGCAGCGGCUCCGUUGCCGAGGACCAGCCCCCCCACGUGGGGAACUACCGGCUCCUCAAGACCAUCGGCAAGGGCAACUUCGCCAAGGUCAAGCUGGCCCGUCACAUCCUCACCGGACGAGAGGUGGCCAUUAAAAUCAUUGAUAAGACGCAGCUCAACCCAACCAGUCUGCAGAAGCUCUUCAGAGAGGUGCGGAUUAUGAAGCUGCUGAAUCACCCAAACAUCGUCAAAUUGUUUGAAGUGAUCGAGACGGAGAAAACGCUGUUCCUUGUGAUGGAGUAUGCCAGUGGAGGUGAGGUGUUUGACUACCUGGUGGCCCAUGGGAGGAUGAAAGAGAAGGAAGCCAGAGCCAAGUUUAGACAGAUUGUGUCAGCAGUACAGUAUUGUCACCAGAAGCACAUAGUGCACAGGGACCUAAAGGCAGAGAACCUGCUCCUGGAUGCCGACAUGAACAUCAAGAUCGCCGACUUCGGCUUCCACAACGAGUUCCGCGAUGGCAGCAAGCUGGACCCGUUCUCGCGGCUCCCGCCCUCGCCCAGCGCCCGAGCUCUUCCAGGGCAAAAUUACAGCCGGGCCCAGGUGGGCGUCUGGAGCCUGGGGGUCAUCCUCUACACACUCGUCAGCGGGUCACUGCCCUUCGACGGACAGAACCUGAAGGAGCUGCGUGAGAGAGUGUUGAGAGGCAAAUACAGGAUCCCAUUCUACAUGUCCACUGACUGUGAGAACCUCCUCAAGAGAUUCCUGGUCCUCAACCCUGUUAAACGAGGAACACUCGAGCAAAUCAUGAAGGACAGAUGGAUCAACGCAGGAGCAGACGAGGACCAGCUCAAGCCCUUCAUCGAACCGGAGACCGACAUCUCUGACCAGAAGAGAAUAGACGUGAUGGUCAGCAUGGGCUACUCUUGUGAGAAGAUUCAGGAGUCACUGUCCAAGAUGAAGUACGAUGAGAUCACCGCCACCUACCUGCUGCUCGCCCGCAAGGCCAAUGAGGAGAUCAGUGAUUCCAGCUCCAGCAGUAAUCCCUCAUUGUCUAAGACGAGACCCUCCAGCGAGCUCAACGGCCAGUCGCCUUCUCACCUCAAAGUGCAGAGGAGUGUCUCCACCAAUCAGAAGUCUCGGCGCUACAGCGACCAAGUGAGUCCGGUGUCGGCCGGCUCCAGCUCGUCCAAACGGGCCGUCGCGGGUUCCGGAGAGGGUGACCAGCGGCUGGAGGGGGCGCGUAAGCCGCCCUCACACACACACACACACACACCGCCCUCACGCACACACACACCCCCCUCACGCACACACACACCCCCCAGCCCCAUGCUGGGCAACGCCAGCAACCCCAACAAGGCAGACAUCCCCAAGAGGGGCAGCAUCAGUACGCCCGAAAUUCUGGAGGCAUGUCGCGCAGGAAUACAUAUGUUUGCACUGAGAGAAACAACGCUGAACGUCUGUCUGUGAUUCCCAAUGGGAAAGAAAACAGUGCGUCCCUGUCCCCCGGUCAGAAGAACCCAGGUGCGUCCACUCACAGCAUCAGCAGUGCUGCGGCGCCUGAGAAACUCCGUUUCCCACGAGGCAGUGCGAGCCGCAGUACCUUCCACGGGGGUCAGUUGAGAGAGCGGCGCACGGCCACCUACAACGCCCCGGUCCCCGG